AUGCCUCCAGUCGAAGUCGCAGUGGAUGGAUUUAACCACUGGCCCGAGUGGAAGUCCGAUCGUCAAAGGUGUAAGAUGGUGGGAUAUAGUGAGGAUGGCUUGGAUUUCGAUAACGACAGCCUCGCAGACCCUGACUUUGUCCCAGAGUUGAAUAAUUUUGAAGAUGACGUGCCAGAGGUGGAUAUUGAUGUUGAUUCCAUAAUACAAACCCUCGAAGACGAUCAUGAAAGCCCAGGCUGUAGCACAGAAUAUGCUCCAUCACGAGAAAUGAGUGAUCAAGCUCCUCCCGCCAAGAAACCUGCUAAGGAGAAGAUACCUAAACUGAAUUUGAGAUGGAAAAAAAAGAAUCUUGAAUUGAGUGAAUUGCAGCUUAUGUCCACAGGAAACAAGACCCUAGGUUCUGAUCUGCUUGAGUUGGACACUCCUAUACAAUACUUUUUCCACUUAUUUUCACCGGAACUUAUCAAGAUGAUUUCUGAAGAAACUAAUUUAGUUACGAACCACUGGAGCCCUAUACUCGGAACACCUCUAAUACAAGAGACCAUUAGCUUGAACAAAUUUGAAAAAAUUCGUCAGUCGCUGCAUUUCAAUGACAACAGUAAGAACCUCCCUAGGGAACAUCCUGAUCAUGACCGCAUAUACAAAAUACGUCCAUUAGUUGAUUCUUUGAAUGAGGCUUACAGUAACAUCCCAAUUGAAGAACACCUCUGUGUGGACGAGCAAAUGUGCUCAACUAAAUCACGGAACACAUUGAAGAGAUACAACCCCAACAAACCCCACAAAUGGGGCUAUAAAGUCUAUGUUUUGAGUGGUGUUACAGGUUUUGCCUAUAAGACUGAAAUUGAAACUGGCAAAGAAAAUGUCGUCUUGGAUGGAGAGCCAGAUUUAGGUGCCUCAUCUAACGUAGUCAUGCGAUUAGCUCGUAUGAUUCCAAGACACCAGAACUUUAGACUUUAUUUUGAUAAUUAUUUUACAUCACUCCGUUUGUUGGAAUACCUGGCCAAAGAAGGCAUUCUCAGUUUGGGUACUAUCAGAAGAAAUCGGAUCCCGGAUUGUAAGCUGUCAACUGAAAAGUUGAUGAUGAAAAAAGAACGAGGCUAUUCGGAAGAAUAUGUGGCCGAUGUCAACGGGAUCGACGUCUCAACUGUUGCAUGGAAGGACAAUAAAAUUGUCAGCCUGGCGUCCACCUUUGCAGGACAGAAGCCCGAAAGUGAUGUUCAAAGCGAGAUCCAAGAAAAAAGCACAAAGGACCUGCUCAACAUGUGCCUCCAAAAGCGGUACGUCAAGACCAAAUCGGACAUUGGCCACAAUGGUCUGAUAAAAAAAUCAGAUGCAAAUUUCCAAAGUGCGUAG